UAUGGCAGGCAGAGGUACACACGAUAAUAAUAGAUAUGGAGAGCGGCCCCGUAAACCGCUACCGACGGAACCACCGUUCCUUGCGUACGUUGGUAACCUUCCGAAUGGCAUCGUGCAGGGUGAUAUUAACUCCAUCUUCAAAGAAUAUGCGGUAAAGAGCGUGCGUCUUGUGAAGGACAAGGAAACGGAUGCAUUCAAAGGAUUUUGCUAUGUCGAGUUCGAUACACUGGAAGAUCUGGAAAAGGUGCUCAUGCUGGACCGUAUGAUUGUGCUGAACGAACGACCGGAACCGUUGCGGAUUGAUGUGGCCGAGCAGAAGAAAAAUGAUCGCGGCGGAUUUAAUAGACGAGGUGGCCAACAGAAUCGUGGAGGUCCAGGUGGACCUGGCGGCGGUGGUGGCGGCGGCUACAACCGGGGCGGACCCAAUCAGAUGAAUAAUCGACCGAUCAGCAGUGGUGGUGGCGGUGGCGGAGGUGGUGGUAGCGGUAGUGGUGGUAUGGAUAGACAUUAUGGUAACGAUUACUCCCGAAACGAUUACGAUAGAAACCGCGGUGGACGUCCGAAUAACUACAAUGACCGAGCACCAAACCGAGGGAGGUACGGGAACUUUGGUGAUGAGCGUGAUGGAGGUGGUCGAGACGAAUGGAAUCGUGAUCUCGAUCGGGAUGGACGUGGUGGUGGUGGUGGUGGUGGUGGCCGCUACAAUGAUCGCGACAACUACGGUCGCGACGAUGGCAAUAGGUACGGCAAUUUCGGUCGUAAUAAUCAAUACCGCGACAAUGAUCGAAGAAAAGACGCACCACCGCACUACCCGCCUCCCUCCAACCCCAAUCUCAACAUGGAGGAACGGCCCCGACUGAAGCUGGCACCGCGGUCGACGAACGCGCCGCUGAACGCGCUGGCCGAAACGAAACAGGCGGCGGCCAUCUUCGGCAAUGCGCGACCACGCGAAGAAAAGCUCGGUACGGAAACUGCAGCACGGAAGCACGCCAAUAGUGUUGGCAGCGAGGGUAGCAGUGCGGACGGUGGUGCCGGUGGCAGUGCGUCCUCCGCUACGGUGGCAGAUAAUUAAGAAACAAUGCAACAAUUAUCGAGAACACACAAAAACUAAUACACACACACAUGCGCACUAUCAAGAUAUGAGAUAUGCUGAUUAGGUUGAUAAAAAGUUGGCGGCUCCUAUUGUGUAUAUGUUCACCUGCUCUUUACGCUCGGUAAAUGCGAAAAUGGAAUGGCUUUUCCGGGUGCGAUUUUCUUCUCUAUCGCUAGUGUAUACACUACACCUUUCUUUGGGUUCUAUAGUACAGUAAUAGUCAGUUACUCAAGACUUAUCAAAUGGGAUCGUAACACUAGGACCAUGAAAGUAAAACAAUGCGUCAUGGUUAGUGGUCAUACUGGUAAGCAGAAAGGCCAAUUGAUUAGUAACCGUUUGAGAGGUACCAACAUAGGAAGAAAACACAUCCUUCCCACUUAAUCGGAUUCCCACAAUUUCCCUUCGGGGGAAGAAAGGAUCUUAUUUUGUGUGUGUGUGUUUGUUUGUUUGUUGUAUUUUAGGUUUUUUUUCCUUCUUGUUUCUAAGUAUAGAAAAAUUGACGCUUACCAUACUUUGUUUUGGAACGCGUUAUCAAUUUUCAUUUGUUCACUUCCUGUAAUGUAAAGUUCCGGCUUUUGUACACUUCCUGAUUGUUGUGUAUGUAUAAAAUGUAUUCCUAUUACUACUACUACUCUUAUUACUACAGUAUGCAAUGCGUUGCGUUUUUAAAUGCUAGAACACUCAGUAAAAUGUAGUUUUCGUUGUCGUACCUAUGAUUAUUGCAGCCAUGGUAAACAGUUUGAGUAUAAAUAAAUAGAUCCUUUUCGGUAUAUAUGGAUCAACUAAUCAAAGCAAGGGCAUGUCCGCCAUAUGAUGGCUUAUUUGGGCUGAUUUUUACAGAGACGCAGCCGGGUUAACGAAACAUUUGUGAGCUACGCCUGGUCUCGGCUCCAGAUGUGAUUCGAUCACACGACCAGUGCGGUGUGUGUAUUAAACCGAUCAACUGAUCCUAAUGGAUGGGAUUUCCAAUUUUCAUUUUAAAUGCUACGGUAUAUCGUCUGAUAGAAACACACCGUCGUUUCAUCAUUUCUAUUACAAUUACAUGCGAAUGCGAAUUUGGUAAUACUAGGGCGAAAUAUCGUUCAAAUGUGAACUAAAUGUGAAGAUAGUUUUAUUGUGCGACAUGGAACGACAAAUAUCUAUGGCGCCCUGUGUUACUGUUGGCUUAUUUGAACCGGGUUGUUCCAUUAGCAUUGAAUUGCUAACUGAAGAGAACACAAACACAAUGCAUUUCCGAUGCUCUUUUCCCUCAAAGCCCUACCCUUGGGUAAUUGAAGGGCAUAUGGUGACAGCAAUUAGUACACAGGGAACAGAGAGAGAGAGAGAAAAAUAGGAGAUGAAGUAAUAAAACACACAAAUGAUAAGAAGGUUACUGUUUAGUAAUGGAAGCAGCAGUGAACAAUACACAUACACACAUGCAAAGUGGAAGAACAUUGGACGUACAAGAGGGCAAACGGCUUAAACCAUCUCUCGCAAUUGGUCCGAAAUGAUAUAAUACCUUACACCAACAACAAAACGCAUCAAUAAUCGUCAAGCAGAAGACAACUGAAAUCAAAUGUACGGGGAUUGCGCUACAAUUGAGGAUACACGGAUAAUAGUUAAUGAAAAAAUAAUUUAUAUCCCUUUGAUUUGUAAGCUUUUUUCUACGAUUUAAUAACUAACAUCCAAAUGAGGACACUGGAUACACACAAAUUACAAAUAAUACUGAUAAUAACAAAUACACAAUACAUUUACGAUAAUGCUAAUGAGGUAACGGACUUAAUUAGUGAAACAGCGCUCCCCACUGGGGUGUCCACUAAACACAGGUAUUUAACGUGAAAGUAGUUCCACAACCUUGAGAGAAAUGUGAAAGAUAAAUGAAAACAAAAAAGAUACACUUGUGUAAUGUAAUUAUUUUGCAAUUAAUUAUCGUACGUACGAAGGGUAGGAACAUACGCAUGAAGCUUACAUAGGAUGAGGAUACACCAACACUGUAAAACAUAGGGAUCGACGGUACACGAUAUAAAUGGAGUUAUACAUCGUGGAAGGACACUUUUUGCUUUAUUGUUUUUUUAUACUACUACUGAGUAAAACGUAUACUUCUGUUGUAAUUGGGCAGGUAAACGAUGGAGAGAAGAAAAAAAAAACAUUACAAAUGGAGCUUAGUGAGAUAAGUCUUAACUCGUGUGUUUGGCGCUGCAAUCAUUGUGCACAUGCUCUCCGUUGGGGUUGGAUCUGUUCGCUUCGAAAGCAAAAGUUUAUAGCAGAGAAACCGUACUCUAUCACGUACUAAUGGCAGGAAGUCAAUGAAAAGCAAUCAAUCGCUACUAAUUACUACUUGCGAAUAUGUGUAAGCCGAACGUACGGGUCGGAUGAAAAUAUCCUCACAGAGAAGCACAGAAGCUAGCAAAUCAGGAGCAAAAUCUCAUCACACAAUGCAUGUAUGCUUGAAGACAGUUCGAACAUGUGUUAUAUGGAGUGGUGCGAUCGGGCACCAUCCGCUGCAUGAUGUGGUUCUUGAGAUAUUGCAGCAUAUAAUUGUCUUUCUUCGCUGGAUUAGAUCUUUUGAAUUUAAGGGUUGUUUGUUCGUUUUUUUUUUGAGUUUCUAUCGACACCGGGAUUCGGUAACGCGUUUCAACUACUGGGUGCGGAAUCCCACCCCCCCACCAUGUGACUAGGACGUAAUCGUAUAAUGUACCAUUAUUUGCUGCUGAAAAAUAAAAUAAAAUCCCGCUACAAAAUAGUACGAAGAGAAAUGAUCCGAUUCACAACCGUCGGCAGCACCGGAUAUGGUGAGAAUCUUGGGCAAGAACCUUAUGGGUCAUGUUUCGGAUUGUUAAGGUAAACCAAAUACAACACAGAACAAAUUUCAAAUGUUGACUAAUGUGGUGGGCAUAAUGUUUUAAAAAGGUUACAAUCUAUCUAUCUUUCCACCAUCUUGUCAAUUUACUCAUACGAGCAUGCACAACAUUACCAUCAUCCAACCAAAAAGAAGGGAAUGCUAGAUCAUGUUUUUUUCUCUCACUUAUGUGAUCUUAUUUAAUGCGUCAUAUAAAUGCAUUGAUAAAAAAUUUCCCAAAAUUACCAACCAUGAUAAUGAAAAGGAGACUCCCUAUUACAUAGUGUUGCAGCUCAUUCGUUUCUCCUAACGAUGAAUCCGGUGGCGCACUUGUAUGCGGGAAGACGCAAAUAAUGAGGUGAAUUAUUUAAAUAGACAUAUUACAAAAGAAAAAAAAACAUUAAAAACAUAACAAAAUGAACCUACAACAGAGCAAAAAGAAUUAAAUAUAUAAAACAAAAAAAAAUAUGAAAAAAAACUACAAAACAGUUAAAAAAACAAGAGAAAAUGAAAACAUCCGCAGCAUAAUUAACAAAAAAGCAAAAGUUUGAAAAGAAGGAAGUCGUUGUGGAUGCAAUUGUGGACGUUGUAAAAAUAGAAAACUAUAAUUUAAACUUAUAAUUUAAACCAAUCACAAAAUUAUAGUGUUUGGUGCGAGUGCACGAUGCGAGGACAGAAAGGGCAAAAUGAAAGAAAUGAAAUCGUAAGACUAAUAAGCAACAAAACCAGACGAAUGCUUCUGAACUAUGUGACAAACACACUACAAGAAAUAGAAAAAAAGAUAAAAUAGAGAGAGAGAGAGCAUGACAAAAUACAUUUGCAAACUGCAUAUAGUGCGUACCCGUGUAACAAAUGAACCUCUGGUGAACAGGACGAUAAAACAUCAAUAAAGUAAUUAGA